UCUGUUGUUUUGUCAUUUGUCUUUGACACUCUAUGUCAAUUUUCCGUGUUUUGAAUAAUCUCCAAAAAUAAUAUCGACAAAUACUAUAAUUACUUUAAACAAAAUGACUACAUUCAAUCAAUAACAGUGAAUUGUAAAUUGCACAGCUUGUACAGUUUAUCUCCCUAGAAGACGAAUCCUUUCCUCCAAACAGCAUCAUUUCUACUUAGUGCAUAUUAAAAAUGGCAUCAGGUACUACAUUACAAAAAGCAAUAGAUUUAGUAACAAAAGCCACUGAGGAAGACCGAAAUCAGAACUAUGCCGAAGCUUUGCGUUUAUAUGAACACGGAGUAGAAUACUUCUUACAUGCUAUUAAAUAUGAAGCACAAGGAGAGAAAGCUAAGGAAAGUAUUAGGGCUAAAUGCGUUCAGUAUCUCGAAAGAGCUGAGAAAAUUAAAGAAUCAAUAAAGAAAGGAAAGAAAAAACCUGUUUUAGACGGAGGUUCGAAAGAAGACAAGAAGAACAGUGACAGUGAUGAAGACGAUGAUGACCCAGAGAAAAAGAAAUUACAGACUAAAUUAGAAGGGGCUAUAGUUGUAGAAAAGCCUCAUGUUAAAUGGUCGGAUGUAGCUGGGUUGGAUGCAGCUAAGGAAGCUUUGAAAGAAGCUGUUAUACUACCCAUCAGGUUUCCUCAUUUAUUUAGUGGCAAGAGAGUACCUUGGAAAGGAAUUUUACUUUUUGGGCCUCCAGGUACUGGUAAAUCAUAUUUAGCCAAAGCUGUAGCCACAGAAGCAAACAAUUCAACUUUCUUCUCAGUAUCUUCUUCGGAUCUUGUUUCGAAGUGGCUGGGAGAGUCAGAAAAGUUAGUGAGAAAUUUAUUUGAAUUGGCCAGAGCACAUAAACCAAGUAUCAUAUUUAUUGAUGAAGUAGACUCCUUAUGUUCAUCUAGGUCAGAUAAUGAAUCUGAGAGUGCUCGUAGAAUAAAAACUGAAUUUUUAGUUCAAAUGCAGGGUGUCGGUCAUGAUACUGAGGGUAUUCUGGUGCUAGGUGCUACAAAUAUACCUUGGGUUUUGGACGCGGCUAUAAGGCGACGUUUUGAAAAACGUAUUUACAUUCCUCUGCCUGAGGAACAUGCACGAGCGACAAUGUUUAAAAUACAUUUGGGCAAUACGAGGAAUGUGCUAACUGAAGAGGAUAUUAAGGAAUUGGCAAUGAACACUGAAGGAUAUUCCGGUGCAGAUAUCAGUAUAGUGGUUAGAGAUGCGCUGAUGCAACCGGUACGGAAAGUACAGACCGCCACGCAUUUCAAGAAAAUCAGAGGUCCCAGUCCAAAAGAUCCGAAUGUUAUAAUGGAUGAUUUACUGAUCCCAUGUUCGCCCGGUGAUCCAGGAGCAAUGGAAAUGACCUGGAUGGAAGUCGACGGUGAUAAAUUAGCCGAACCUCCAGUUACAAUGAAUGAUAUGCUGAGGUCCCUAGCCACGUCGAAACCUACCGUAAACGACGAAGAUUUAGUGAAACUGGAAAAGUUCAUGAAAGAUUUCGGUCAAGAAGGUUAAUAGGAAUAAAUUUAUUGGCCUAAACAAAUUCUAUAUAUAAAAACGUGAUUUUUGUCUGUCCAAUGUGGUUUCUUCAUUCCCCAUUUGGAUAUGUGUUAAUAACUUUAUAUUUUUUUCUCUGAAAUAAAGCAAAACAAAAUUGUUUUGAUCUAAAUUAUUGUUUUUUGUUCUCAAUUUUUGAAAUUUAAAACGUGAGUAAUCUACACAAAUUGUAAAAUAAGCUAAAAACGCAAAAAACGGUUGCUUAAACUAGUUUCUAAAUGUAAACCUAAUUUUUGUAUUGUUUUCUAGGAUUUCCCGUAUGAAUCGCCUUAUUAGUUUUUAUUAUAAUAUAUGAAAUAGUUUAUAUUUGUAUUUAAUAAAGAUAUUAAAUAGUAA